AUGCCGCACACCAAAACAGAUACCGCAUUCCGAUACCCCCAGAACGAAGACCAGAGCCGUCGUCUUCGCAACACCACCCAGGAUCAAAGAGCCGCUCAGAGGCAGCAAUACUCAUCGGAGUCAGCCACUGCGGCAUCCCUGGCAGCCGAUCCAACCUCCAACUGGGGUCCGGAGGAAUUCUUCGAGACCACCGUCGAUGAGUACGGUCAACCGGUCACUGACCAGUGGGCGUUCACGGAUGGUGCGAGGAUGAGUAGAGGCGUCUCUGGUCAUGAUGAGGCUGAUGCGUUUGAGGCUGCAAUGAUAAGUUCGAUUGAAUCCAGUUAA